UAUUAUACUUUUAGUUUACAAUCGUUGACUUCACAACACUACAACCUCUUUCACGUUUACAGGUGUUUUGAUCUCAUAUUUCGUAUUCAUGUCUCGUUUCAAACGAGGAGCACAUGUGGACUCUAGAGCGGGAUUUAGGCAGGAGAAAGAAGACUGUCCUGUCCCAUAUGGUUUACUGAAAGCUGCUAGAAAGAGCGGACAGCUCAAUCUAUCCGGGCGCGGUCUAACUGAAGUUCCUCAGAGCGUGUGGAGGCUGAACACAGACACACCUCAGGAAGCUCAGCAGAGCUUGUCAUUUGGAGCUGAAGAUCGGUGGUGGGAACAGACAGAUCUGACCAAACUUCUGCUGUCUUCCAACAAACUCCAGAGCCUCUCUGAAGACGUCAAACUCCUCCCUGCCUUGGUUAUCCUGGAUAUCCAUGACAAUCAGCUAAGCUCACUGCCAGAUUCUAUUGGAGAUCUAGAGCAACUACAGAAGCUCAUAUUGAGUCAGAAUAAACUGACAGAAUUGCCUUCGGGUCUUUGGAGACUUACAAACCUGCGAUGUCUUCAUCUGCAACAGAAUCUGAUUGAACAGAUUCCCCAGGAUUUGGGGCAGCUGGUUAAUUUGGAUGACCUUGACCUCUCCAACAAUCAUCUAAUGGACGUUCCAGAAAGCCUGGCAAACCUGAAAAAUCUUGUGAAAUUGAAUUUGUCCUGCAACAAGCUCAAGAGUCUCCCUCCUGCCAUCAGUGAAAUGAAAAACCUGAGGAUGCUGGACUGUUCCCGGAAUCAGCUGGAGAGCAUUCCCCCUGUCCUGGCUCAGAUGGAGUCCCUCGAGCAGCUUUACUUAAGACACAACAAGUUAAAAUUCCUUCCCAAACUGCCCAGCUGUAAAACACUCAAGGAACUCCACUGUGGGAACAACCAGAUUGAAAUGCUGGAGGCAGACCUUUUGAAGCACUUGAGUGCUCUGAGUUACUUGGAGCUCCGAGAUAACAAGGUGAAGAGCCUUCCUGAAGAAAUAACCCUACUGCAAGGCCUGGAGCGCCUGGAUCUUACCAACAAUGACAUCAGCAGUCUGCCGUGUGGACUUGGCACAUUACCCAAGCUGAAGUCUUUGGCUUUGGAGGGCAAUCCACUGAGGGCAAUCCGCAGAGAUCUCCUGACUAAAGGCACUGGGGAGCUCCUGAAGUAUCUCAGAAGUCGAGUUCAAGAGCAACCAGAUGGGGGCUCGAAAGAAGAGCCAAAAACAGCAAUGACCCUCCCAAGCCAAGCUAAAAUCAAUGUGCAUGCCAUCAAAACUCUCAAAACUCUAGACUACAGUGAGAAGCAUGAGGCAUCCAUCCCAGACGAGGUGUUUGAUGCAGUUGAUGAUAGUCCUGUGGCCCACGUAAACUUCAGCAAAAAUCAGCUGAUGGCAGUUCCACCCAGAAUCUUGGAGUUAAAGGACACCCUAGCAGACAUUAAUCUGGGCUUUAACAAGCUAACAAGCAUUCCGGUGGACUUUUCCAUGUUGAAACAACUGGUACAUUUAGAUCUCAGAAACAAUCUAUUGAUCUCACUGCCAAUGGAGCUGGAAGGCUUAACCAAGCUGCGGAGUGUUAUUUUGUCUUUUAAUAGGUUCAAGUCAUUCCCAGAAGUGCUGUAUCGCAUCUCAUCCCUUGAGACCAUUUUAAUCAGUAACAAUCAAGUUGGAGGCAUCGAUCCAGUCCAAAUGAAGACCUUAAAUAAUCUAUCUACUCUGGAUCUGUCCAACAAUGAUAUAAUGCAAGUGCCUCCAGAACUUGGCAACUGUACCAGUCUGAGGGCUCUAAUGCUUGAUGGGAAUCCUUUCCGUAAUCCAAGAGCUGCCAUCCUCAGUAAAGGAACAGAUGCUGUCCUGGAGUAUCUCCGAAGUCGUAUUCCAACAUAAACUUCACGUUUAAUGUAACGUUAACCAUCAUUGAUAAACGAUCAAUUCUUGUGCCAUAACACUGACAGUAUAAAAAAAAAAGAAGACACAAUAAUAAAUCAUCUUCUGCCACUUGUUUUAAUUAAUCUUACCAUUAAAAAUGGCAUUGUAAACAAACCUUCGGCAUGCGUUGUGAUGAAUUUAAGACUUUGUCAACCGAAUGAACCAAAAAAAAUGUUGUUUGUGUUGAAGAUUUGCAUUUUAUAAUAGAUUUUCAGUGAAUGUUUCUAUUUUCCAUUAUGAAAGCACUAGUAAUAAAUAAUGAAAAUAAAGCCCUUUUUAUCAUCUAUAAAGGACCACAGAAUGACCAUUAAUAACAAUAGUGACAUUUUUAUUAUUUGUACAAUAAAGAUACAUUAUUCAAAACACCUCUUAGAUACUGAAAAAAAUCUGUACUCCAAAGCCGAAAAUGGCUCCAAUAUUCGCUGAACAGCAUUGGACUUGCUUCUUUUUAUACAGGUUUGUAUUUUGAAUUUUUUUUUUUAACUAAAAUUUAUUUUAAAUAUGUACAUAUAUCAUCUGCAAAAUGCAUUCGAGACACAGAAUAUAUGUCAUCAAUUACAUAUUUGCGGUAAUACAGAAAAAAAUUGGAAGGAGUAAACUUGCAUGUGCAAAUAAAUGAUAUGAUAAAUUGUCACUAAUUCUUUUGAACUAAAUCGAAUAAUUUCUUCUAGAUAUAAUUACUUUUUGCACAAAAAUGAAACGGCAUUCAAGUUCAGUAAGUCUUAAUACUGCAGAAAGCUUUAAGUACAUUCACAAUCUAUUGGAAUAAAUUAUUUAAAUGUCUCCAUUCAUAGUUAUUUACAUCAAUACUGCAAUUAGACUGAAUAGUACAAUAUUAUAUUUUAUAUUCAGCAGGUCUUUAAACACAUACAAAAAUGACCAUUUGUAUAUUCAUAUACAUAUAUGUUUAUGACACAAAUUCACAAUUACUUUAGAAAGAAUUGUACAUAUUUGUUUCUAGUGUUUCGUUCCCUCACAAUCUAACGCUCUGUCCAUACAUUGGCUUUGUUCUUUAUAAAAUUUAACAAUUUGAGCAUAGCUAAUUAUAUCAAUAUAUUAGAAACCAUUAUUUGAAAACAUUUAGUAAAAAUAAUCAUUAUCAAAUAUUCUUUCACAAUAGUAUUUGAACAAUUAAUUGCAUCCUCCGUAAUAAUCUUUAUUUAAUAAUCAACAAUAUUCCUCUGAAGCUGAAUGCAGUGGAUGUUGUGUUGGGGUCUUUCAGAGUGCAUUUCCACUCAAAACUCCUUCGAAAUGCUACAUUUUUAGCAACAUUUGAAACGUGCCCAGGUUUUUUUAAGGGAUUUUAUGGCACUGUUUGUCACAAUGACAGAU